UUCAUCCAGAAGUCUGCGGUCACACUGAUCGCGUUUUUUGCAACAAGCUAACGAAAAUCGGGGACAACAAAAAACCGCGCGCAUUGCGACAACAACAAUAAGAUGUAUAUAUAAGAAUCCGUAUGCGGGAGUAGACACACUUGUCCCCAUUCGAAAGCAGAACCCACACACAGCAAACUUGCCGCAGCAGCAGCAGUAGCUCCAUCCGCAGCGCAGCCAUGGGACUCGACUUCGAUGCCUUGGAGUACUGCAAAGGCAUGAAGAACAAGCAAUCCCCGCCACCGUAUGCGUGUCCAGUGCGCGACUGCGGCCGCAGCUACAAAACCAUCAUGGGGCUGCAGUACCAUUUGGUGAAGUACGACCACGACAAUCCGCAGCCGCUGACGCCCGUCCUGACGCCGAACCGAAAAAAGGCGCGCUCACGCUCCACGCACCACUCCACGCCCAAGCCAAAAGACAACGGCAGUGGCGGUGAUGCGUCCUUCGUUAGCGGGGAGGCCAAGAACGGCUGCUCCGGCAGCAGCGGGAGCGGUACUCGGCAUCAGUACGCGAAUCCCGAGUCCCUGGUCGCCUACAACGAGGAGGAAGCCACAGUCACCUUCAAUAUAGAGGGCAAGAGUGUGCGCCUGGGCAUCGACGAUGCCCUGCCAAUGGUGGAGGAAGACGAGUUUGUCGCUCUGGUAGAGAGGGGCUGCAUCCUGAAUGCGGAUGCCCCGCCGCUGGAGGAGAAUGCGCCGUGGGCCAAGGUGCAGGUGCCGGUGGCGAAGGUGUGCGAAAUCGAAGACUACAAUGUGCCUGAUGCCCCGCCCCGACCGCUGGCCUACUAUCGCUUCAUCGAGAAGUCCCUGGAGGAGCUCGACGGUGAGAUCGAGUACGAUGUCGAUGAGGAGGACUCCGCCUGGCUGGAGCACAUGAACGAGGAACGCCAGAAGCUCGGCCUUACUGCUGUCAGCAUCGACACAAUGGAGCUGCUGAUGGACCGGCUCGAGAAGGAGUCGCACUUCCAGGCGGCGGCCAAUGGCACGCCUACUGGUGUCGAGGUGGAUGACGAUGCGGUCUGCUGCAUCUGCCUCGACGGUGAGUGCCAGAACACCAACGUGAUACUGUUUUGCGACAUGUGCAACCUGGCGGUGCACCAGGACUGCUACGGCGUCCCCUACAUCCCCGAGGGCCAAUGGUUGUGCCGGCGCUGCCUCCAGUCGCCCAGCAAGCCGGUUAACUGUGUCCUCUGCCCCAACGCCGGCGGCGCUUUCAAGCAGACGGAUCACGGCCAGUGGGCGCAUGUGGUGUGUGCUCUAUGGAUACCCGAGGUGCGGUUCGCUAACACCGUCUUCCUGGAGCCAAUUGAUUCUAUCGAGACCAUUCCCCCUGCCCGCUGGCGCCUCACGUGCUAUGUGUGCAAGGAGAAGGGUCUGGGUGCCUGCAUCCAGUGCCACAGGAACAGCUGCUAUGCCGCCUUCCACGUGACCUGUGCCCAGCAGGCGGGCCUCUACAUGACCAUGGACACGAUCAAAGACGGCCACAACGACUCCUCCAUGCAUGUACAGAAGUUUGCCUACUGUCACGCCCACACGCCGGCAGACGCUAAGCUGAAGAUGAACGUGCCCGACUUCGAGGACACGCGCCACAAGAUGCGGGAGGCGCGCAAAGCGCUGGCCAAGAAGAGAUCCACGGCUCCCGUAGUGCUGAUCCCAACGAUACCCCCGGAUCGUGUCCAGGAGAUCGCCACCAUGGUCACUAUGCAGAAGAAGAAGGAGUUCCUGGACCGCAUCAUCGCUUACUGGACCCUGAAGCGCCACUACCGGAAUGGUGUGCCGCUUCUGCGUCGACUGCAGAGCCAGGGCCACAAUCACGGCGUGAUCCAGCGGAACGGCAUCGAGGGCUCCCCGGACACGAACGAGCUGUACAGGCAACUGAAGUACUGGCAGUGCCUGCGCCAGGACCUGGAGCGGGCCCGCCUCCUCUGCGAGCUGGUGCGAAAGCGGGAGAAGCUAAAGGUGGCCUUUGUGAAGAUCUCCGAGGAGGUGGUGAUGCUGCAGCUCAAUCCGCUUGAGUCGGCGCUGACUAAGCUGCUGGAUGCCCUCGAGGCGCGCGAUACCAUGGAGAUAUUCCGCGAGCCGGUGGACACCAGCGAGGUGCCCGACUACACGGACAUCGUGAAACACCCCAUGGACCUGGGCACCAUGCGGACGCGGCUCAAGGACUGCCAGUACACGACUCUGGAGCAGCUCGAGACCGACUUCGAUCUGAUGAUCCAGAACUGUCUGGCGUACAACAACAAGGACACGGUGUUCUAUCGCGCCGGUAUACGUCUACGCGACCAGGCGGCUCCUCUGUUCGUACAGCUGCGCAAGGAGCUGCAGCGUGAUGGCCUGCUAGAGCGAUCGCAGCGCUCGCAUGUCGACCAUGUGGAGGCGGAGGUGGAGCAGGAGCUGCGCCAGCUGCUGGCGGUGCCGGCCAGCGAAGAUAUCGUCCAGAAACUGCUUAUCCUGGCCGACAAGUCGCAGGUGCUCAAGAAUCCCAGCUACCGCACCAAGAAAAUUAAACAGAUUCGCCUGGAGAUCACGCGGAUGCGCAAAUCGCUGCAAAAGGCGCGCUAUGCAGCGCGUCAUUCGUCGGUGCAUGCCAAUCGCUCCCGGAGCGACGAGGAUGAGGCUAGAGGAGGACAAGGCUCCCCGUCCAAGAAGCGAUCGCGAAAGCGUCUGAACACCAUCGCCAUGGACAUGGAUCUGGAGCAGGAUGAAGAACUGGAAGACGAGUAUGACUCUGAGGAGGAUUCGGUAGGCGAUGGCGAUGAGGAGGCCGCCAAGAAUAUGCUAAACACGACGCAAACUCCGCCCUGCAGCCCAAUCAAGAGUCUCAACAACAGCAGCUCGCCCGUGGGCAUCAACCGAAGGACGGCCAUACUGCUGACGCGGAAGUCUCAGGCGGCUCUAAAGCGACCCUCUGAGCCACUGACGACGCCCGUGAAGGAGGAGCACCACAAUUCGCAAUCCUCCAGCAGCCAGUCCAUCAGCGUCAGUGCCAGUGCCAGCUCCUCUUCCAACGCCACGGUGGCCACGGCAGCCACAAGCGUGGCCUCGCUGAACAGUGUCCUGGCCGCUCCCACUGCCUCUGCCUCUGUCGCAAACUUUGCAUUGACGCAGAACAGCAGCGCCGGAGCGGGCGUUGGCGCGGGCGUGAGUGCAUCUGCGGCUUCGGGUGCGGGUGCACUAGCUGGAGCAGCUGCAGCGGCCAGCCUGACAUCCACGGCCCUGUCGAUCAGCAGCAAGAUGAGCCUCAAUCUUGGCGUGAAGUCGCCAAAGAGGCCGGGCCGCUACCGACGCCUGCCAGAGCUGAGAAACAGUGCCUCCAUGUCACCAAAAAAGUCUCCUAAUCCUGCGGCGGCAGCGGCAGCAGCAUCAGCAGCAGCUGCUGCAGCUGCAGCGGUAGCGGCAGUAUCAGCGGGAGCCAGUGCCUCCGGCCAGGCCAUGCCGCUGCCGGACGCACGGUUAUUCGAGCGCAUUCCGGACAGCUUUCGCGUUUACCGGGCAAACAACCAGCGGGACGUGAGCGACAGUGACGAAGGCCCCUCCCAGUCCAGCAGCCCCUGCAGCAGCUGUUCCGACUUCAGCAUGUCCGGCAGCUGUUCGGACUUUGACAGCGACGAGGCCAGCGACGGGCACAGCGAAGAGAGGGAGUCUACAUCGCAGGACGGCACCACCGACGCCAUGGACCUGCAGCACGCCAGCCUGAACAACAGCCAGGGCAACGGGAACAUGGCCAUCAGCAGCAGUAGCGGGGCCAGCGGCAGCUCCAGCGACGAUGAGGCGGUGAUGGAUGGACAGCCGCCGCAUCAGAAGAGGAGAGGCAGGCCGAGCAAGACGAGAACAUCCCGCAGCACACCCACCCCCACUCCCAUACCGAUGGCGGCACGGGGCCCGGUCAUGUCGGCUGCUCGGGGUCGGGGUAAGAGGCGCAGCAAUCUCAGCGAGUCGACGACCAGCUCCACGGCCACACCGCCGCCGAUCAUGCGGAAGGCGGGCAAAUUGCGUUCGGCCACGCCCAGCAUCGUCUCUCCGUUGGUGAACAACAUCAAGGCGAGAAGGAACACCACAGCAACGGCAACCACAAACAACAACAGGAGUCGGCACGGCGAAGACGCGGAGGAGGUGGUGACGAUGACCAGGCACCACAACUCGCACAAGCCAACGCUGGAGCCGUUACAGCUGGUGUGGGCCAAGUGCCGUGGCUAUCCGUGGUAUCCCGCCUUAAUACUCGACCCGAAGACGCCCAAGGGGUUCGUCUACAAUGGAGUGCCCCUGCCCGCCCCGCCCACGGAUGUGCUGGCACUGCGCAAGAACUGCCUGGACGACAUCGUGUUCCUGGUGCUGUUCUUCGAUGUGAAGCGCACCUGGCAGUGGCUGCCGGCCAACAAGCUGGAUAUCCUGGGCAUAGACAAAAAGGUGGACCAGCAGAAGCUGAUCGAGUCCCGGAAGCCGGCGGAGCGGAAGGCCGUGAAGAAGGCGUACCAGGACGCCCUGCACUACCAGAGCCAGGUAUCGGACCUCGAGGGCCAAGGGCCCGAUCCGAUCAUGUGAAAGCUAUUUGCCCAAUUGCGUCUGAGCUAAGGCGCCGCUCGAAAUUAGCCAUAUACUGUGCUCCCCCCUCCCUCUUCUACUAUACAUAUGUAUAUCCCCCGGUCCUUCUAUAUAGUGUGUGUAUUUUUAUGUCAUUUGUUGUUAUUCGAAGAUGUGGAUGAAGUGGACGAUGAUGCAGAAUCAGGAGCAGAAGCAGAAGAAGGCCCUCCAUUAGAGUAUUUCGUUUCCCAUUUAGCACUGCAAGUGACCUUGAUUUUUGGUUUGUCGGAGACCCCGAUCCCUGCCAGGCCACGAUUAUGUACAGUUUUUGUAAUCCACGCGGUUUAUUAUCGAUCAGUUUGUAAAUUAUAUAUUUGGAUAUUUAGCUUCUACUAUUAUGAAAAAAUGUUAAAUAAAUAUGCCCCUCCCAAUCCAAUCUUUAAACCCCCCUUAUUAUCUACCGAAAUGAAUACGAAACACGGCAACAAGAUGGAAUUUAUAUAACCUCACAAUGUUUCACACGAAAUCAAAUCAAUGUUUAAGUUAAAUAGUUUUAAGAACAAUCUACAGGAUAAGUCCAAAAACAUAAAGAAAACGCUAAGCAAAAUGUGUAAAGAAAAAAACCUUAAAACCAAGAUGAACAAUUUACAAAUAGCAUUAUAAACUGUACGAGUACGUGUGUGUGUGUGUGUGUCUGUGUGUGUGUGUUUGUGAGUAUGUAUCUGCAUAAAUCGAUACAUAAAUAUAUAUACUAUAUAUAUGAAAUAGUGUAUGUCCUGAUUUCCGCAUGAAUAUAAUGAUUAUUACAAUGUGUAUUAUAUC